AGGAAAUAGGUGUGGUAUCGAUGGCGGCGCCCUUAGCAACGGGGUUCGUGGGGGCUCGUUGAGUGUUUCCUAGCGCCCGAGGGCGGUGAUGGCGGAGAAGUUUGACUCCUUGGAGGAACAUCUGGAGAAGUUCGUGGAGAACAUCCGGCAGCUGGGCAUCAUCGUCAGCGACUUCCAACCCAGCAGCCAAGCGGGCCUCAACCAGAAGCUGAAUUAUAUGGUUACCGGCUUGCAAGAUAUUGACAAGUGCCGACAGCAACUUCAUGAUAUCACUGUGCCUCUGGAGGUCUUUGAGUUCAUAGAUCAAGGCCGCAACCCCCAACUUUACACUAAAGAAUGCUUGGAAAGGGCUCUGGCUAAAAAUGAGCAAGUGAAAGGCAAAAUUGAUACCAUGAAGAAAUUCAAAAGCUUGUUGAUUCAAGAGCUGACAAAAGUGUUCCCGGAGGACAUGGCCAAGUACAAAGUGAUUCGUGGUGAAGAUCCUUCUCCUUGAGUGUUAAUUAUGUUUUCCGUUACCAUGCAUUCUUCUCUGGGAACUACAGAUAGGCUAUUGUGAAAAUACUGACUUGGCCAGAUGAUGAAGAAAUCGAACUUUUCUGUUGGGCGAUGCUAAACGUUGUGUUCUUUGGCUAGGAAGCAGGCUGAUUCACUUGGCUGCUGCUUAGGAAACCGUAAUGGCUUCAUGACUCUUGAUGUCAGUAGCUGGCUUCACAUACUGACUCUCAGCUCUGCUGUUUUUGUAAGAUGCUGUUAAAUUUUUUCAACAUAUUCUGCUCUGUGGGGUGAGGAGAGCAGGUGUGUAUCUGCUGUUCUUGGUGCAGCACAACCUAAGAAAUGAAGAAGCAGCAUAAACAUUGAUCAUUAUUACCUCUUUCUAGGUAAUUAAAAGGCUUGUGUUUUUCAUUACACUGAAGGGCUGCUGGAAUAAUAGAAAUUGUUUCUGUGACUCUGUAUAACAGAGCAAGCCAAAAUGUUUGGCACAGUGUACAGGACAAUCUUUAUAUCAUUCUCACUUAUGUGUUAUAGCAACCCCCUCUUCAAACUUCAGGCAGGGACUGCAGUUAAAUUCAUAAUUUUGUUGAGUUAACUUGCAUAGUAAAGGGCUUGAAAAGAGUUUUACACCUUUUGUGUGUGUGGAUUUUUUUGGAGUUUUGCACAGUAUCUGUAUUGCUGAGUAAUGGCAAAUCUGAUUGUCCAAGGUGGAAGGGUUUGGCAUCUUACAGACUUAGAAAUAUGAUCAUUAGGGGCUGGCCUCAUUUCAUUGCAGCUUCCAGUGCAUGUGUAAAUAAAUCAUAAUUCCAAAUCUACACUUGGAAUGUGCAUAGCACUGCAAAUGCAUUGUGUGUCCAUUGAUUUGGUUCACACUUAACUGAGAAUCAUGACAUAACGAAUACCCUAUGCUACAGCAUAUCGAAACUGUUUCAAAGGUGGGCAUGUGGGACUGGGUGUAUAAAAACUUACGACCACCAAUAAACUACAACAGAAGCUGCUGUGGUACCUUUAUGGUUGAUUUGCUACAUUUGUUAGUCCCUGAGUAAACAAACCUCUAGCUUUUUAUCUCGCCCUGUAAACAGCUGCUGUUACUCUUACUGCGUAACCUCUUGAUGUCCUAUCUUUCCCUUGUCUUUUUGUUCCAUUCUCAGAAAUUGGCUGAACUUAUGCAGGCAUUUGUAGGGGUAUGAGUUUGAUUUCCCUUUCUUGCUUGAAGACCUCUCCUUAGAGUAUGAUUCAAAUUUCCCCACUCAGCAGUCAUAAAUAUAUGUGUAUCUGUCUGUGUACAAGACCUGUUUCUGUGAACUCCCUCCAAUUGUGAGAGCUUGGAUCCAAUCCAGAAUGUGUCUUACAGGAUUUUUAAAACUUCUUGUUACUAAAUCACUGGUUACCUGGGUCUUGGUACAGUAGUCCAGAAGAUGGGUUUUAUAUCCAAAGCGCAUUGGAGUAUCUACUAGUUUAUUUAAACAAAUGAAACCAUUUUCUUGUUAACUGAAAGAAAAAUAAAAUCCCUUAUUUACCAA